UCAAAAAGUUAAAGGAUGUGCAGUCUUUACUUCUCAGAAUCCUCACGGAUUUGGCAUUUGGCUUUCAGCAAUAUUAUGCUUUGUGUUCUACUGAAACUCACUACACAAACACAAGUACCAAAUUCAAAUUUUCAUCCUCCUGUAGAAGUUCCCGGAGAUAGUAAGGCAAACCUCAUGAGCAUGUCAUUCCCAGGGGUGCAAUUACAUAUCGAAGAUCAACAUGUGGUGAUGGACAACGGCAUACUGCAGGUCACCAUCUCAAAUCCAGAAGGAAUGGUCACGGGAAUUGAGUAUAAUGGCAUUGACAAUUUGCUCGAAAUUCUCAACGAGGAAUCUAACAGAGGAUACUGGGACCUUGUGUGGAAUGUUGCCGGAAGUACGGGAACGAAGGGCAUAUUUGACAGGAUGGAAGGAACCAGUUUGAAGGUAAUAGUGGAAAACGAAGAACAAGUAGAGCUCUCAUUUACUAGAAUGUGGGAUCCCUCCAUAGAUCAGGGGAAGCUCGUUCCCUUGAAUAUAGACAAAAGGUACGUAAUGCUUCGUGAUUCCUCGGGCUUCUACUCCUAUGCCAUUUAUGAGCACUUAGAGGAAUGGCCUGCUUUCAACAUUGAUAAUACCAGAAUAGCAUUCAAGCUUAGGGAAGACAUGUUUCGUUACAUGGCUAUAGCAGACAACAGGCAAAGAUUCAUGCCCUUGCCUGAAGACCGCCUAGCUGACAGAGGCCAGGCCCUGGCCUACCCAGAGGCAGUCCUACUUGUGAAUCCCGUGGAACCAGAUUUCAAAGGAGAGGUGGACGACAAGUACCAAUACUCUUGUGAGAACAAAGACAACAGGGUUCACGGGUGGAUAUCCAACAAUCCAAGCGUGGGAUUCUGGCAAAUCACGGCCAGCGAUGAAUUCCGAUCCGGUGGACCCCUCAAACAAUGCCUUACCUCCCACGUCGGUCCCACCACCCUUGCUAUAUUUCACAGCGUACACUAUUCAGGAGAGGAUCUGGUACUGAAAUUUGGACCUAACGAGCCGUGGAAGAAGGUUUUUGGCCCCGUUUUUAUUUUUCUUAAUUCUCUGACCGAUGGAGACGACCCGCUUUUGCUCUGGGAGGAUGCCAAGCAACAGAUGAUCUAUGAAGUUCAAACAUGGCCCUAUAGUUUUCCAGCUUCAGAGGAUUUUCAAUCAGCAGAUCAACGGGGUAGUGUUUGCGGCAGACUCCUAAUCCAAGACAGGUAUAUUAGUGAAGAGAACGUGCCAGGAAAUGGUGCUUAUGUCGGAUUGGCACUCCCCGGGAAUGUUGGGUCCUGGCAAAGAGAAUGCAAGGGUUACCAAUUUUGGACCAGAGCUGAUGAGGAUGGGUAUUUCUCUAUUAACAAUAUACGCACUGGGGACUACAAUCUUUAUGCAUGGGUUCCCGGUGUCAUUGGCGAUUAUCAAUACAAUGUUGUCAUUACCAUAAACUCAGGUUGUGAGAUUGAUGUGGGCGAAGUUGUAUAUGAGCCUCCAAGAGACGGGCCAACAUUGUGGGAAAUAGGCAUCCCAGAUCGCUCCGCAGCUGAAUUCUAUGUACCCGAUCCUGAUCCAAAGUUGAUCAAUAAACUUUAUGUCAACCAUCCUGAUAGAUUUAGGCAAUACGGAUUAUGGGAAAGAUAUUCAGAACUGUAUCCGGAUGGAGACUUGGUAUACACAAUUGGGACAUGCGACUAUGGAAAAGAUUGGUUCUUUGCUCAAGUGACCAGGAAGACAGUUAAUAACACAUAUGAAGGAACUACUUGGCAAAUUAGGUUCAAACUCGACGUGGCCGAUGAGAGUGGAACCUAUAAAUUACGAUUAGCUCUUGCAACUGCACAUGCUUCCGAGUUGCAAGUUCGGAUUAAUGAUCCGAAGGCAGAUCCUCCUGUAUUUUCCAGUGGGGUUAUUGGGAAGGACAAUACCAUUGCGAGGCAUGGGAUUCAUGGACUUUAUCGGCUGUACAAUGUAGAUGUACCAGGCACUCAGCUACUUGAAGGAGAUAAUACUAUUUUUCUUACACAAACUCAAGGCACUACCCCUUUCCAGGGAGUCAUGUAUGACUACAUUCGUUUAGAAGGUCCCGAUAAAAUAAUCUAACUUCACCGAUAUGCAUACAUAGCAGAUGGUAUUACUGCUUUCUAUUCAUUUUGGCUGCGAAACUGAAUAGACCAAGUUUUAAAGAAAUUUAGUAGCAUUUGUAUGCCAUCCAACUUUAUUUGUAGAUAUUUUGUUUGGUGA